AUGGCAUCUACAGCUAUUCCACAACCAAUGAAGGGACUCCAUGACCCAGUUCCUCCUCCAUUUCUCUCUAAGACUUAUGAUAUAAUAGAAGAUUCACCCACAAACCAUAUUAUUUCCUGGAGUAGAGGAAACAACAGCUUUGUUGUUUGGGAUCCCCACGCCUUUACCACCAGUCUCCUCCCCAGAUACUUCAAGCACAGCAAUUUCUCAAGCUUUGUUAGGCAACUUAACACAUAUGGGUUUAGAAAGGUUAAUCCAGAUAGAUGGGAGUUUGCUAAUGAAUGUUUUCUCAGAGGGAAAAAACAUCUUCUCAAGAAUAUUAGGAGGAGAAAAGCUCCUCAGACUUCUCACCAAGCUGUAACGGCUUGUGUUGAGGUUGGAACAUUUGGAAUAGAUGGAGAAGUUGAUCAAUUAAGGCGAGACAAACAAGUACUGAUGGGGGAACUAGCGAAGCUUAGACAGCAGCAACAGACUACUCAAGCAUGCCUUCAACUUAUGGUACAAAGACUUAAAAGGACUGAGAAUAAACAGCAACAGAUGCUGAGUUUCUUGGCUAGAGCAAUGCAAAAUCCCAACUUUCUGCAGCAACUAGCCCAACAAAAGGACAUGGUGAAAGAAAUUGAAGAGGAGGUUGGUAAAAAGAGGAGGCUACCAAUUGAUCAAGGGUGUAGUGAUGUUGAGGUUGAGGAAUUUCGCCAUCUUGAGGGAGUAGGAGAACUUGCUAAGAUUGAACCUCAGGAGUAUGGUGAUCUUUCUGAGUUUGAAGUUCCAGAAUUUCACAAUCUAACUGAGAACAAGCAAGGACUAGGUGACCAACUGGUCAACUUGGAGGAAGAUUGUAUUGAGAGAGGAGAAGAAUAUGGAAAUAAAGGUAAAGAAAUCGAUGAGGGUUUCUGGGAAGAUUUAUGGAACGAGGAUAUUGACGAAGAAAUAGCAAUAUUGGGUGGUGAAGGUGAAGAUGAGGAAGAUGUAUACGUGUCGGUUGAGCAGCUUGGUUAG